UUGAUUCCCAUUAAAGAAAUGAUUUGGACAUGAGAAGACGCAAAAGGAGCAGAAAGCUCUGCAAAAAGCCAGACCACAUGCGCCACACCACUACUAUUCCUAACACAAUCUCAUCGCCUCAACUUCGUUUUCAACUUUCAGAUCACAAUACUACAAUUUCUCUCGCUCCACAUUCCCGUAAGAAUCGGAUCUCCACUCGCCGGAUCCUCAGUGCUUCAGGCCUUCGAUCGUGACGAUGGCACUCUCUAUGAUGGUGGGAGCGCAGCCGGCGGUUAAGGUCGUCGCGCUCUGUGGUUCUCUUCGCAAAAGUUCUACCAAUAGAGGCUUGAUUCGUGCUGCGAUGGAGAUUGCUAAGGAGUCGAUCGAUGGAUUGGAAAUCGAAUAUGUAGAUAUCUCGCCGUUGCCGAUGCUGAACACCGAUUUGGAGGUUGAUGGAACGUAUCCUCCGGCUGUCGAGGCGUUUCGUCGGAAGAUUCUGGAAGCAGAGAGUGUUCUCUUUGCUUCGCCGGAAUAUAAUUACUCCGUCACCGCACCACUUAAGAAUGCACUAGACUGGGCAUCAAGGCCACCAAACGUAUGGGGAGACAAAGCAGCAGCAAUCGUGAGCUCAAGUGGGAGCUUAGGAGGAGCAAGAUCACAGUACCAUCUUCGCCAAAUUGGUGUGUUUCUUGACCUUCAUUUCAUAAACAAGCCCGAGUUUUUCUUGAAUGCAUAUCAGCCGCCGCCCAAGUUCGAUAGUCAUGGCGACUUGAUCGACAGCGGAGUUCGAGAGAAGUUGAAGGCUGUUCUUCUGGCCUUGCAUGCAUUUUCCUUGAGACUACGAAGAAUCUCGGUUGUAAAUUGAAGAUUUAUCUUGAACUUUGUUUCCCAAGUAUGAGCAAUAGAGUACAGUUUGGAUUGA